AAUAAUCUUAUGCGUAAUAAUAUUAUGGCACUUUUCAAACCUUUUUCUUGCCAUCUUUGUAAUAAUUCAUAUUCUUCGAAAUCAUCAUUAAGAUGUCAUGAAAAUACCAAACAUAAUAUAAACCGUGUUGUUCCACACCACCAACAUUUACCUAAAUUAUCUGAAGGAAUUAUUAAUCAUUUUCGCGCUGUGCUUCUUCAUGAUAUUAAUAGUAAAUUAGGCUUUCAUCGAUCAAAUGAAGGUCUAAAACAUCUUCAAUGGAAUUUUCCAGAAAGCUUAUUUUAUACUUUUUUUUCAAAUGAAUCCGGAUUUUCAUAUCGGCCAUCUUUACGAAAAUAUUUUUGUAUUUUCAAAGGACAAAAUGGAUAUGACCGAAUAGGAACUAUACUAGGAUGCAAUUCUUGGGGAAAGAGAAAAAAUGAAAUUGGAUGUGAAACCUUUGUAUUAGUUGAAGAAAAAGACAACAAUGGUAAUCUUGUUGAAAAAAAUAUUGAAUUUAUUUGGCAGGAAAAAUCAAUUACAAAACAAGCAGAUAAUAAAGUGCAUUAUAUAUCUCAUGAAAUAUUGAAGUGUAUUUUAGAAUUAUGUCGUAAAACAGUUGAAAUAAAUUAA